UUCACUCCUGAGCUGCUGUGCUGGAGCUAACUAGCCUCCUAACUCGCCUCCUAACUCCUCUUCCCGUCUGCUAAGCCGAGUCUGAUCCAGACAAAUGGACAACAAGUCGUCGAGGAGUUCGGCUCAGAGAAUCGUCCUCGACUGGGAAAUGCUGGUCGGCUUAAAUUGAAGGAAAACCAAACUUCCGCGUGAAGUCGUCGACAAAAAGAAUCCGGAUACGCGCCGCUGCCGUUAUUACGAAUCCAAGAUGUCCGUCAGCAGCCACGAAAACCGCAAGUCCCGCUCCAGCUCGGGCUCCAUGAACAUCCACCUCUUCCACAAGACGUCGCACGCCGACAGCCUCCUGACGCAGCUCAACCUGCUCCGCAAGCGCAAGGUCUUCACCGACGUGGUCCUGAAGGCCGGGAAGCAGGCCUUCCCGUGCCACCGCGCCGUCCUGGCCUCCUGCAGCCGCUACUUCGAGGCCAUGUUCAGCGGCGGCCUGCGGGAGAGCCGCGACGCCGAGGUGGACUUCCACGACUCGCUGCACCCGGAGGUGCUGGAGCUGCUGCUGGACUACGCCUACUCGGCGCGGGUUAUCAUCAACGAGGAGAACGCAGAGUCCCUCUUAGAGGCGGGCGACAUGCUCCAGUUUCACGACAUCCGCGACGCUGCGGCGGAGUUCCUGGAGAAGAACCUGCACCAGUCCAACUGCCUGGGCAUGAUGCUGCUGUCGGACGCCCACCAGUGCCAGAGACUGUACGAGCUCUCGUGGCGGAUGUGUCUCGCCGACUUCGCCACGCUCUACAAAACCGAGGACUUCCUCAACCUCCCCAGGGACAAAGUGCGGGAGCUGACGCUCAGCGAGGAGCUGGAGGUGGAGGACGAGAGCUUAGUGUACGAGGCCGUCAUCGACUGGGUCAAGGCCGACAUGGAGCGGCGGCACGGCGAGCUGCCGGAGCUGCUGCGCUGCGUCCGCCUGGCGCUGCUGCCGGAGACGUACCUGCUCAACAACGUGGCCUCGGAGGAGCUGGUCAUGUGCCACAAGGUGGGCCGGGAGAUCGUGGAGGACGCCGUGCGCUGCAAGAUGCGGAUCCUGCAGAACGACGGCAUCGUGACGGGAUUCUGCGCCCGGCCCAGGAAGGUCAGCCAGGCCCUGCUGCUGCUCGGCGGGCAGACCUUCAUGUGCGACAAGGUCUACGUCAUCGACAACAAGACCAAAGAGAUCACGCCCAAAACCGACAUCCCCAGCCCCAGGAAGGAGUGCAGCGCCUGCGCCAUCGGCUGCAAGGUUUAUGUCACAGGGGGGCGUGGCUCUGAGAACGGCGCCUCCAAAGACGUCUGGGUCUACGACACUCUGCACGACGAGUGGUCCAAAGCGGCGCCCAUGUUGGUCGCCAGGUUCGGACACGGGUCGGCGGAGCUGGACCACACGCUUUACGUUGUGGGAGGACACACCUCUCUCGCGGGGUCCUUCCCCGCCUCCCCCUCCGUGUCGCUCAAACAGGUGGAGCAGUACGACCCUCAGACGAACAAAUGGGCGCUGGUGGCGCCGCUCAGAGAAGGCGUGAGCAACGCCGCCGUGGUCGGCGCCAAAAACAAGCUGUUUGCCUUCGGAGGAACCAGCGCGAACAGGGACAAGUACCCCAAGGUGCAGUGCUUUGACCCCUGCCAGAACCGCUGGACCGUCCCGGCGACGUGUCCGCAGCUUUGGCGCUACACGGCGGCGGCGGUCGUCGGGAGCCACGUGGUCGUGAUCGGCGGCGACACGGAAUUCUCCGCCAGCUCCGCGUACCGCUUCAACAGCGAGACGUACCAGUGGUCCAAGUUCGGCGACGUGACGGCCAAACGGAUCAGCUGCCACGCCGUGGCGUCGGGAAACAGACUGUACGUCGUCGGCGGCUACUUUGGGGCGCAGAGGUGCAAGACGCUGGACUGCUACGACCCGUCGUCGGACUCCUGGGACAGCGUGACCAGCGUUCCCUACUCGCUCAUUCCCACGGCCUUCGUCAGCACAUGGAAGUACCUGUCAGCCUAGAGACCUCAUCUGGACCGCAUCCAGGCGACGGUGACCACGGCAACCGGAACGAAGGGCUGGCGUCCCCCCGCCGGCGUUCCCGGGAUCGUCGGACAUUGGAUCCCGAGUCCUGGAAAGCAAAGACCGCCAAAUGCGUUUGUGUGACCCUCCGCACCUAGCGCCUCUUUGGUUGCCAGGUGGCUCCAGGUACCGUGCAGGCUUUGGAGCGAGCGCGGUGGAACCCGCUUAUGUCGACAACCCGUUUGUUUAUGACUGAAAAGUCUCAUUUCUAUGACAAAUGUUGAUAAUAAUAACUAAUCAUAUUAAUACUUUGUCACCUACAACUCAAAAUAUGUUUGUCUGUUUUAAGCAGUUUUAUUUUUUACAAAAUCAAAAAAAAAAAAAAAAAAUAGCCUCCAUGUUCUGCGGGUAAAAUGGGACAGAAUUAAAUAUUUAAAUGGAUAUUUAAAUAAUGACUUAAAUGUGUUCUUAAUUUAAGGUAAAACAAAAAAAAAUAUGUGUAAUUAUUUCACAAUUUAUUACAAUUUGUAAUUGAUUAUUUCACGAUUUAGUUAGUUAUGAAUUUUUGAAAUAUUUAAAUUGUGAAAUAAUUAAGCUGUUAAUUAAGUAUAUUUUUAAAUGAAAUUACCGGCAGAUUCGAUAACACAUUUAUGUAUUUAAUUCCAAUUCAACCCAAUUAAUGACACAUUUAGGUCAUUAAUUACAUGUUAAGUAAUGAAUUAAAUGUUAAAUAAAUAAAUAAAAUUUUGUAAAUGGUAAUUAAAUUGUAAAAUUAAUAAUUGUGGAAUAAAACUACUACAAAAUUUUUUUUUUUAA